AUGAGCUCUUCAGAAGUUGUACCACGUCGAGACAUCAUAUUCGUAGCCGUCACUAAUACAUUAUGUGUUGGCACCAUAAUCCUCCUCAUUUUACGGGUCUACACCUACUUUUACAUUGUCCGAAAGAGGGGCGGCAAUGCCCUGCUAUGGGCGUUUGUCGCUUGGAUCAUUGCAUUUCCCUGUAUGAUGAUCUAUGACUAUGGCACCUUCGCUCUAGAUGACCCAUCUCGAAACUCGUAUAGAUUUGCAGCAUUCAGUGUCACACUCCUAUCUGUUGCGUUCGCCAGAGUUGGGAUACUCAUGUACAUCUUCCAGUUGCAGAGUCAGGUAUACAAUAGUCUCAUUAAACGAAGCCUGCUGGCUAUUGUGCUUCUGAAUGUGAGUAUAAGCGAUCGGAGGCUACAACUUCGAAUACUGUGGAUUUAUUCAGCUAACAAAACAUUGUUUCUCACUGCGAUAACGUACAUUGUAUUGUCGUUGAUCUUCGUCGCAUGUGUUGAGGAAGAGGGUCUUGAGCAGAUAAUAACAUGUCCAACUAAUGCUUCCUUGGUUUGGAUAUUCGUUGCUGCUGGUGCAUGGAGCGCGAUUACCGAUUUAAUUCUCUUACUGUACCCCGGUUAUCUGAUCUGGAAUCUUCAAUUACGACGAAAGCACAAGGUCGUCAUCUCUAUCCUGAUGGGUCUUGGUAUCCUCGCGACGAUAUUUGCGGUGGGGAAGAUUAUUGACUACGGUACUUCGCACGGAGGCAAACGCGAUCCUCAUCUAGGAAACAUUUUUCAUAUGGUAGAGGUGUGGGUGCUACUGAUAGCAUCUAGUGCGGCCCCUCUAUGGCCUCUUGUGAGGCAACUCGAUAACUUGAAGGACUCGAAAGACUCAGAUGAUUCUGAAAAGGAGCCAAUGGGUGGGGAAUCAUGA